AUGGCUACCACCUCUGAGAGCAGCUCGGCCGCCGAGCGUCUGCUGCAGCAGCACACCCAAGACCACCAUGUGACUGUCGAAGACGCCCCCGACGAGGACCUCGCCCCCAAGAAGUCCUCCACCCCCGUCAACUACGAGGACGCCUUCCCCUCUCUGGGUGCCAACGGCAACGGCCAGAAGGGCAAGGCCAAGGAGCCCGCCGGCCCCUCCAUCUGGAUGGCCAAGGUGCCCACCGCCGCCAACACCCCGAACGGCACCUCGCGCGCUUCCACCCCGGCCUCGGGCACCGGCCCCGCCGUCGCCGGCCCUCCUGCUUCCGGUCCCAAGAACGUGAACAUCCCCGGCCGCCACGUCGAGUCCGUCGUCAUUGAAUCCCAGUACAUCAUGCCCCGCAACCAGCUCAAGCGCCCCAUCCCCGAUCUGGUCAAGGACAUCAACCGCAAGUCUCGCGCCGUCCUCUCCGCCACCUUCCUCAGCAGUGGUCACUUGAAGGUCGAGGCUGUCGGCCCUCAGGACAAGGCCCAGCAGGCCAUCCGUGAGCUGGUCAACGUCAUUGGCACCAAGUCCACCGUCAAGGUCCCCAUCCCUCGCUCCGCCCGUGCUCACCUCAUUGGCAAGGGAGGCGCCACCAUCAAGUCGAUCCAGGAGAAGUCGGGUGCCAGAAUCCAGCUGCCCAAGACGGACGACAACCAGGCCGACGACGACGAAGAUGCUCUUGUCGAUGUCAUCGUUGAGGGCAAUGCCGUCACUGCCGCUGUUGCUCGCGAUGCUAUCAGAAAGAUUGCGGGUGACCAUUCGGCCAGCGCCAACUUGAAGCUCAAGUCUAUCCCCGCCGAGAUCUACCCUUUCAUUGCUGGACCCAACAACAGCUCGCUCAGCGCUCUCGAGGCCGAGCACGGUGUCCAGGUCCGCGUCCCUUCCCACGAACCCUGGGCCCACCCAUUCCCCCAGGCUCUCAACGGCGAGCGUCCUUUCUUCGCACCCACCAAUAGUGACAACUUCAUUUCGCUCGCCGGUGAGCGCGCUGCUGUUACCGCUGCUCGUGCUGCCAUCGAGAAGCGUGCGCAGGAGCUUCAAAACCAGCUCUUGUGGGAACAGAACACUGUCCCCUUCGACAGGCACCAGUUCGUCAUCGGCGAGCGUGGUAUCCCGACCGAGGAGUUCUUUGCCGAGACGAACUGCGUAAUCCUUUUCCCAAGCGACCCUACCGUCGACCUCGUUACCGUCAUCGGACUGAAGGAUGACCUGGCUCGUGGUUCCGAGAAGGCUGCGGAGCUUGCCAUGAACCUCAACACAUCUUCUUACGAUGUUUCGAGGGACCACAAGCACGCCCAGGGCGGCGCCCCCGUGUACAUGCGUGACAUCGCACGAUACCUCAGACAAAGAAAGGAGAUCGAGCGGCUGGAGAAGUUGCACCAGGUUCACAUCAGCACCCCCAUUACGGAUGCUAUGGGCCUGCCGUGGGGUCUGUUCGGCCGUGAGGGAAAGAACAUUCUCAAGGCCCAAAAGGAGGUCAAGUCCAUUGUUGGCGGCCACCCACCCUCUCGAUUUGCUACCGUUUCGGUGGACCCCUUUUUCCACGCCUACCUGCGCACCGAUAUCAAGCCUCAGGUCCAGAGUGACUACGGCGUGCACAUCGUCGUGCCCGAGGCUGCUGAAUCACAGCUCCCUGUCGUCUUGGUGUUUGAGGGCCAAUCAGGUGCAGAGGACACCUACCAGAUCCCUCAGGCGGCACCGACCGCCCAGGAGCUGAACGCCUUUAAGCAGGGCUUGGCGGAUGCGCGAAAGCACAUUCUCGACCUUAUCAGCAAGCAGGAAGAGAUCAAGGUCAAGACUCUCGAAGUCCCCACCAAGUUCCACGAGAAGUUGCGCAAGUUCAUCAAGAAGGAACAAGAUGCUACCACCCGCAAAGCUGGAGAGAUUCCGGUUCGUGUAAGUGUCAGGGGCACUACCAUCACGAUGCGGGGAACAGCCUCUGCCGUCGAGUCUCUCGCCGAGAAGGCCGAGGCAUUCGUUGCUCAGGAGAAGGAAGAUGAGAAGGAGCGCGGGUUCACCAUGAAGUUCGAUUUCCCUCAGAAGCAUGCCAACCACCUCAUCGGAAAGAGUGGCAGCCACAUCAACGAGUUGCGCGAGAAGUUUGACGUCGACAUCCAGGUCCAGAACGGAGAGGUCGAGCUCAAGGGCCCUAAGGCCAAGGCUGAGCGAGCCAAGGCACACAUCCUUUCUCUGGCCAAGACUUGGGCCGAUGAGACUACUCACACUCUCAAGAUCGAGCCCAAAUACCACCGAGAGCUCAUUGGUGCCUCUGGUGCCCAGAUCACUCGUCUACAAGACCGUUACAAGGUUCACAUCAACUUCCCCCGAAGUGCACGUCCUGCCAAGGACGACGAGCCAGCCGCCGAUGCGGCUAGCGAGGUUGCAAAGCCCCAGCGGCAACAAGGUCCCGACGAGGUUGUCAUCAGAGGUCCCAAGAAGGGCGCGGAUGAGGCUCGUGACGAGAUUUUCUCUUUGUACUCCUACCUCAAGGAGCACUCCAACGCCGCUGUCGUGUCCGUCCAGCAAAAGCAGCUCCCGUCGCUGAUCGGUGCUGGCGGAUCUGCUAUGGAUGAGCUCCGUCAGAAGACUGGUGCUAAGAUUGACAUCCCCAACGACCGCAACACUCCCGCGGACGCUCUAGUCGAAAUCCAGAUCAAGGGAACCAAGGCCCAAGUUGCCGAGGCCAAAAAAUUGAUUGAAGAGAAGAAGGCAGUCUUCGAUGACACCAUCACCACGACUGUCGAUGUUGACAAGAAGUGGCACAAGAUCCUGAUUGGACCCGGAGGCUCCACUCUGCGCGACAUCAUUACAAAGGCCGGUGGUCCUGAUGAUCGACGACUGCAGAACCGGUACAUCCAGUUCCCCAAGCAGGAUGCCGAUGGCAAUGCGAUCAAGGUGGAAGGGCGCAAGGAUGUGGUUGACAAGAUCAUUGCUACCAUUGAGAGCAUGGUCUCAGAGCGGGCUAGCCAGGUCUCCGAGACCAUCGAUGUUCCCAUUGAGAAGCAUCGUUCCAUGAUUGGCCGCGGCGGUGACGCAAAGCGCAAGCUGGAGUCUGAGUUCAGCGUUUCUAUCGACAUUCCUCGCCAAGGGUCAGGUCAAACUGGUGUCAAGAUUACUGGCAAGCCGGAUGAUGUCAGCAAGGCAAAGGAGCACAUCCUCUCAUCCUUCAAGGAAGAGCCAUCCGAGACGGUUCAGGUUCCGCGGAAGUAUCACAGCGCCAUUGCGAACAAUGGUCAAUUCUUCCGAAGACUCCGCAACGACUUCAAGGUCACUGUGGAUCAUGCCGGCCACUCAACACCGGGCAAGUCGAAGCCUGCCAGCUCACGGGUAAGCAAUGGGGCUACACCCCUCAUCACAGAUGAUCCGGAGGAGGUCGCAGAUGCACACUCGUGGAACAUUGUCGACAAUGCCUCGACUGAAGAAGGUGACAUCCCUUGGGUACUGAAGGGAGCUGCUGAGAACGUUGAGCGUGCCAAGGAGGCUAUCUCCAAAGCCUUGGAGCAAGCUCAGAAGCCAUCCGCAACUGGCUACCUGAUCCUCGCUGACCCAUCCACCUACCGAUACGUCAUCGGCCAGGGUGGCUCCAAGGUGAACGCAAUCCGCAAGCAGAGUGGUUGCCAGAUCCAGGUCCCCAAGGACCAGGCGUCUGACGAGGCCAUUGAGAUCGUGGGCACCCGUGAGGGCUGCGAGAAGGCCAAGGACUUGAUCCUCGAGGCCGUACGCGAGGGUGUCGCCUCGCGCAACCGUGAUUAG